AUGUCUGACGACGAAUCUCAACAGUCUCCUCGAAACUUGAGGCCUCCCCGAGGCAAUCGUCGGCUUGACUCUGAGUUCGACGACUUCGCAGCGACUACCGUGACUCCCAAUGAAUUGACCGUCGAUGUCGUCACUGCAUAUGUUGCUAUGAUAAAUGAAGAGGCUGCGGCCGAGAAAAAUGUUUUCAAGUCGAAGGUUCACAGCGUCCUCUUUUGUACUCUCUUGGACUUCCUAGGCUACCGCGGGACAGUGAUUCUAGAUCAUUUCACUGCGCAAGGCGAUAUGGCUCUCCUUGAGACUGUUUGGUUCGGGGGGUUUGCGUUGCUUAUUUUCAUGAUGUGGUUUCUACUUUGA